CUCCGCCACUCGCCAUCGGCCGCACCAUCCCCACACACAGACCAGCUACAGCCACAGCAGCAGCAGCCUCCGCAACAAGCUGGUCAGGUCGGUGGAGCGGCCGACGAGAAGGGCGGCGCCUCCAUCAAUAACCUCUUCACAAGAGCUACGGGUGUUACAUGGUACAUAGGGACGGAGGGGGAGGGAGGGAGGCCAAAUGUGGAGUGAUGACGGGCAUUGCGUGUGCGUGGCGGUGUGUGAUCAGGCAGAGGUAGAGGCGAACCCCUUGGACGUCCAGAAGGUCCUCAUCGACAUCGCCCGCGAAAAUGGCGACAGCACUGCUCUGGUCAAGAUCCGUCAGCAGCUGGCUGCCCAUGCACCGAUGGGUCAAGACUUCUGGACGGAAUGGAUCAGCGGUAAAUACGUCCACACGUACAGACACACGUGAGGACAGACAGACAGACAGACAGCUGAGAGCCUACGAUUGCUCACGUGCGUCUGUCGGUUUCGCUCCCAGACAUGAUUGACGCCGACUCUCCUCCGCCCGAGGUGCUCGAGGUGUGCAAGCAGUCGGUGGAGUUGGCGCCCUCCACCAGCUGCUGGCUGCAGUCCCUCCACCUCGUCGAGACAACUGUACCAUCGGUAAGCAGAACCAACCACAACCACACACACCAACCCACACACACAUUCACGCCAAGGCGACCACUUGUUUGUCUUGUCUGUCUGUCUGUCCAUCAGGUCGGUGUGGAGCAGGUGCGUGGCUUCUACGAGCAGGCCGUUCGUGACGUCGGCCACCACCCUGUCGACGGCGCCAAUGGACCGCAUGGCGUGAGUAUGAGAGCCGAGUGUGCGCUGGCGAGGGAGAGGGCCGCAACGAGGCGCAGGUGAUGAUGAUCCGCCGGCUCUUCCACACAGAGCUGCGGCUUCCGCUCAGCGAGCUGGACAAGACUCUGCGCGCGUACCGGUCAGUCAGUGAGCGGGACGGGACACCGAGGGAGGGAGGUAUUGCACUUGUGUGUCUGUCUGUGCGCAGUUUGUGGGAGGAGCAGCGCCGAACGAGCUCAAGUGCGGGUUCGAUGAGGCGGAGGCCUGCUACGCCACAUCGGAAAGGACGAGUGGGACAAGCGGUAGGAACUCGAGGUGAAGAUCUGCAACCCCAAGAUACCUUAAGAGGUGAGCGAGAAACCGAGAGAGCCCACCAACCAGCACAUCGAGUGCGCAUCCAUCCAUCCGUCCGUCCGUCCGUCGAUUUGGUUGUGUGGUUCACUCAUUCAGGAGUUGGCGGCGACAUGGGACGUUACCUGGGUGUGGAGCUGUGUGAGAGCGACCCCAAGCGCAUCCUCCUCACCUACCAGCGUGCCACCCUCGCAAUGCCGCAUCGACUGGACCUAUGGCUCCAGCCCACAACGCCCACAACGACUUACGAAUUGACUGGAUGCACUUGCCGUAUGUAUGCAGGUAUCUGGGGAUACAAUUGUUAGAUGUGUCCAAUACCGGUAAGCACACAGAGAGGCAAGACACAUCCAACAAACAGGUUGGCGAGAAUGCUCCCACCGAGCCUAUCGGACAUCGUUCUCGUCGAAGCAAGGUGACUACACUAAGAUCACAGGUAGAGCGUGGCAGCGUGCCGAGCAUGAUCCAGGGUGCUGCCCGGCUCCGUGUUUGUGAUGUCAAGAUUCAUAUCGCCGGGUGGCUUUGUCAUCUGAAGUCAAAGCACAAGGAAAGCGACAUCCGUGAAGCGGCGCGCCACGUGACCCUCGUGUGAGACGCUCGACACACACAACAAGAUCGACGGCCCGUUCCAAAUGUCAGUGUCUCUCUUCUAUCUAUUCAUGGAAAAUGCAGAGCGUGUGGAUGACGCCCACGGCAGCGGACACCGCAGCGUGAAGGCUGGUCGGGUGAGGGUGGGGAGGACAGCUGCAGGUGGCUUGGGCGCCCGCGGGAGGGAGGGAAGGAGGGAGAAAGGGAGGGAGGGACAGAAACUUUUGUGAUGACGCUGUUGUGUGUGUGUUUGUGUAUUGGUGGUGUGUGUUUGUGUUCAGAUGGCUGUGGCGAAGAACCCAUCGGGCCUGCACAACGGCACGACGACAGCGACCUGGUGGCCGAGACUCAAAGACUGCUGGCUGCAUACGCUCCCGCGGGCGACGAAUUCUGGACUGAGUGGAUCUCCAGUAAGUCCACACACAGCCACACACCCGAAAUGGAUAUCGCCGACUCAUCCUCUCUAUUGCCGUGUUGCUCGCAGAUGCCCUCGACAACCACCGUGAUGUGCAGGAGGUCGUCGAGCUGGGCAAGCGGGGGGUUGAGCUGGCCCCCUCCGCCGCCUGCUGGAUCGCUUACCUGCACGUCCUGGAGUCGCAACCGUCGGUAAGUUGCCGCGCGCGGAGAGCCACACGCCAACGUCUGUCUGUAUGUCUGUCAGAUGACUGUGGGGAAGAUGCGGCAGGUCUAUGAGCAGGCAGUGGACGCAGUGGGGCACCAUGCCGUGGAGGGCCCCAAGAUGUGGGCUGCCUGGCGAGAGUAUGAGGCCCGCGUGUGCGCAAAGGGGAGCGGGGAGAAGGGGGACCACACACAGGCGAUCCGCCGCCUCUUCCACCGACAGCUUGCACUGCCACUAAACGGAAUCCACAAGACGCUGCGGGAGUACCGGUCAGUGAGCGGGACCCACAAAGAGCGAGGGCGUGCCUCACACGUGUAUGCAGCGCCCGUGUGUGUGUGUGUGUGUGUUGGUUGUGUGUGCAGAUCGUGGGAGGAUAGGCUGCCUGAGGGCCUCAGGACGCCAUGUGAGGCGGGUGAGGCGGCAUAUGCCCACGAACUCAUUCAGUUCCUGCUUGUUUGUGCAUCCCAUUUAUUCAUGGUCAGAGUGAUGCGUCUGCAGCGUGCAGUCCCAUGUACAACACCGUCAAGGCCAUCGUGGACGACCGCCGCCUCACUGAGAUGCGCGUCACACGCUACCCGGCCGUGUGUGUGACUCGGACGGUAUGUGUGGCCCCCCAGGGGGGCAUUGCUGCCUGCAUUUUAUAUUUCCGCGGCUUAUCUUCACGCCACGACAGACUUGCAUAUUAUGUACCUGAGACAUGAGUGGAUUAAGUGU